AUGUCUGUCCUCCUAAAAGAAGAUGAAGAAAUUCGAUCAUCUUUUCGUCGUACGAAUAAAUUAAAAGAAAUUGAACGUCUGUUAACUGACUUAAAUGAUUGUGAUGAACAAGGUCACUACACAGGAGGGCGAGGGGAUGUUUAUAGAGACAAUUACUCAGGUGGACGAGGCCGAAGAAUGAAUUGGAUACCAAUAGUGAUUAUUGUAGUUGCGGUUUUUAUUCUCAUAGCUGCUGUAUUAGGUUUUUUAAUUUUGCGUAAACGACGUGGAGCAAAAUAUAGUCCCGCAGCAAUAGUGGCAGAAGCAGUAGAUACAUAA